UCUCCAUCAUCAUCACUUUCCAGUCAAUUCCACCACUCAACCACUCAAUCGACCCAGUAACUCCAAACUACAGUACACACAAUGGGUGCCCUCAAAUAUGUCGAAGAGAUCGCGAAGAAGAAGCAGUCCGACAUUCUGCGCUUCCUCCUCCGCGUACGCUGCUGGGAAUACCGCCAGCUCAACGUCAUUCACCGUGCAUCGCGGCCUUCCCGCCCCGACAAGGCUCACCGUCUCGGCUACAAGGCGAAGCAGGGCUAUGUCAUCUACCGUAUCCGUGUGCGUCGCGGUAACCGCAAGAAGCCCGUGCUAAAAGGUGCCACUUAUGGAAAACCCACGAACCAGGGUGUGAACCAACUCAAGUUCCAGAGGUCUCUCCGCUCCGUGGCCGAGGAGCGUGUCGGCAGACGCUGUGCGAACUUGCGAGUGCUGAACUCCUACUGGAUCAACCAAGAUGCUACAUACAAAUAUUUUGAGGUGAUCCUUGUCGACCCACAGCACAAAGCGAUCCGCCGCGACGCCAGAAUCAACUGGAUAGUCAAGCCGGUCCACAAACACCGUGAGCUUAGGGGAUUGACUGCCACGGGUAAGAGGAACCGCGGGUUGGGCAAGGGACACAGGUACAACAAGACCACUGCUGGGCGGCGCAAGACCUGGAAGAGACACAACACUCUGCAGUUGCACCGGUACCGUUAGACGGGGUAAUUUACUUGUUUGGUGUCUGCUUUUUGCUUCGGUUGAAUCCUGGUGUUUGCUCUGUUUAGUUUGUUGAGAAAAAGUAAAUUCCUUCACUAUCGUAAAGGUGAAGAAUUUGAGCAAAGGUGCAGAAUGCCCACUGUGAUGCUAAAAAGUUAUCCGGUACCCUUCACGAUACGCGAUACCCUCACCGGCCACAGAAAUGCUGCUCAAAGACUGGCGUGGGAAAAAGAAUGCAACCUGGGA